UUUUAAGUGACAUGCAGUGCUUGCUUCACAAUGCUAUUAAUAAGCCUGUUCGUGUAACUUUUCGGUGAGACAUCGACAAGCAGCCUUUGUCAACGAAUAACUUGAUUCUACCUCACUGACUUGUAUGAAGUUAUCGAACCUAAAAUCCUCUUAACACAGACACUUCAAGCCACAUCAAUAUUUAUUUUACGUCUCUUCAUCUGAUGAUUUUGAUGGAUCAUCAUCCGCAGAUCUUUAGAAAUGGGGCACUAGUAACAGUUAUGGGUCUUCCAUCUAGAGUCACGGUUCUUGGUUUUAAGAUCUACAGAGAGUUGCUUCCUGAUAUGAUGUAAUGUCCGGUCAAUGAAUCUUCGUGGGCUCACUCAUGUGCUGUGCUUGUAUCGCCACACAUUACUACAUGUUUUACAGUCUUCGAUAUAUUACUCAUCCUCGUCGCUGCAUGCGUUGGCUUGGACCUAUGUCAUGCCGUGUGAGUUGAAGCGUAGGUUCGUACUUCUUUAUGGAUCGCAGCGUGGACAAGCACAGUCUAUCGCCGAGGAACUUUCUGAUCAGGCAUCAGAGCAUGGAUUAGUAGCUGAGUUGUUUUGUUUGAGUAAGAAAGAGAAGUACAACUUGGAGAAGGAAACUGCUCCAGUAGUUUUCAUUGUUUCUACUACUGGAGAUGGGGAGCCUCCAGACACUGCCUUGUCAUUUGUGAAGACGAUCAAGAAUAAGAGUCUGCCUCGAGACUACUUUGCUCAUCUUAACUAUGCAAUCUUAGCUUUGGGAGACACAAAUUAUGCGAACUUCUGUAACUGUGGGAAGACCAUUGAUGGCCGUCUUCAGGAACUAGGAGCAAAGCAUUUCUACUCCACAGGAUAUGCUGAUGAUGGUGUUGGGCUUGAAAUAGUCAUUGAUCCUUGGAUUGAAGGAGUGUGGGAGGCAAUCAAGAAGUCUGUAGCAGAGAUGGCCACAUCAGGACAACAGGACACUGGUUCUGCUCGGAGUUUGCACACCACUGAUCUUACUGCUGCUGCUGCUGCUGCUAGCCAGGAGAGCACACAGGCAUCUGGAUUAGAUGUAGGUGUAGCCUCGCUAACACUCAAGGACAAGCCAGCCCAGGCAUCCGAGGGGCCAAAGGUGGAGACGGGAGAGCCUAAACCUGCUGUGCUGGAGGCGUCGUUGACACAGUCUAUGCCGCCACUGUCAGAAUCCGCGCUGAACGUGCCUUCUCUUCCCCCUCCAUUCCUCAAUGUGUCUCUGGAGGAUGCACCUGCCCAGGAGUUGUCUGGCCCAGUGUGUCAGGACCACCAUCAACAAGUGUCCAUUUCAAAGACAGUCCAGCUUACUCGGGACGAUGCAGUCAAAGUAGCCCUCAUGUUAGAGCUGGACAUUUCAGGGAAGGACAUGCCCUAUCAGCCAGGAGACUCCUUCGACGUCUUGUGUCCCAAUGAUGCCAGCGAGGUGCUGACGCUCCUCCAGACACUGAGGCUGGAGCAGCAGAGCCAUCACCGCGUUCAGCUGGAGCUCAGGAAAGACACCAAGAAGAAAGCUGCCCAGCUUCCCCCAUACGUUCCAGUAGGCUGCACCCUGCUGUAUCUGUUCACCUGGUGUUUGGAGAUCAGGAGUGUUCCUAAGAAGGCCUUCCUGAGGGCGCUAGUGGAGUGCACCGGCGCGGCCCCCGAGAAGAGACGCCUGCAGGAGCUGUGCAGCAAGCAGGGCGCGGCCGACUACAGCCGCUUCAUCAGGGACACCAGCGUCUGUCUGCUGGACCUCCUGCUGGCCUUCCCAUCAUGCCACCCGCCCCUGAGCCUACUCAUAGAACACUUGCCGAAGCUGCAGCCAAGGUCCUACUCAGCAGCGAGCUCUGCCCAGAGGCAUCCAGGCAAGCUGCACUUUGUGUUCAACAUCGUAGAGUUCCCAGCAUGCCCUGAGCGGCCGGCGGCCAGGAGAGGUGUGUGCACGGGCUGGCUGUCCAGCCUGGUCUCCGCCAUUGUCCAGUCGGACAGCGCCGUGCAGGGUCCAGUAGAAACCACCGCUAGUGCCUCACUGCCUAUGAUAUACGUGGGUCUGCGCCCAGGUAACGCUUUCCGCCUGCCCUCUGACCUCUCCGUUCCCAUGGUAAUGGUGGGUCCUGGCACAGGCGUGGCUCCCUUCAUCGGCUUCCUCCAGCAAAGGGAGAAGGAGAGGGUGAAUAAUCCAGACGGUUGUUUUGGGGAAACAUGGCUGUUCUUUGGCUGCCGCCACAAAGAUCGAGACUUUCUGUUCAGAGAGGAGCUGGAGCGGUUUGUGGCCAGCGGCACCCUGACCCACCUGAAAGUCAGCUUCUCCAGAGACGCCGCCGAGGGGGGUCAGUCCCAGUCCAGCCCCAGAUAUGUCCAGCACAACCUGCUCCUUCACGCCAAAGAGGUCGCCAGCAUCCUUCUCAAAGAGAAGGGCUACUUCUAUGUCUGCGGGGAUGCUAAAAACAUGGCCAAAGAUGUCAACGACGCCCUGGUAGACAUGAUCGUGGCCGAGACGCAGGUGGACAAACUGGAGGCCAUGAAGACUCUAGCCGCUCUGAGGGAGGAGAAGCGUUACCUGCAGGACAUAUGGACCUGAGCCGCGUCCAGGGGGGGCCGUGUCCAGAGACACCCCCCCACGGUGCUGACCUAAGACUGCCUGCACGGAUGAGCAGUUUUAAAGAGGCCAGAUGUCAGUCACUGUCUCCUCUCCUCACCUCCUGCCUUUUCAAAGACUGCACAUACUGUAGGACUUAGACAGAUGCAUCAGUUGAGCGGUUUGAAAUAAUGAUCUCCAGCAAACUGGACUCGAAACUUGAAGAAUUUUACUCAAGAAUGUGUUUGUGCCAGGAGCCAUGUGCAUGUGCAUAUCGCACACAGGUACGCACACACACACACACACACACACACACACACACACACACACACACACACACACACACACACACACAAACUUGUGCCUUGCAUCCAUAAACUGUAAUGUAUGACACAGCAGUCGUGGUGAGGAGACUAUUCUCCAGGCCAGAGGCUUCAGUGUGGAAGUGAAAAGGACAUUGGUAUUGAUUAGUAGGCUACAGUUGAUACAGUAUGUCACUGCCUCACAUGCAAUAUAUAAUGUCCUCACCAGUAAACUAAAUCAUGGCAGGCCAUCACAGUUAAGCGAAGUAUUUGCAGAAUAUCUGUGCAAUAAACGCCCCAAAAUCUCUAAUAAACUGUACCUUUCAACAGGCAGGCUGUGAAGAAUUUCUUCAUGUGUCAAAGAAUGUUAAUAAGGGAAAAAAAACAUCUCAAAUGGCAGAAUUGGUAGAUUUGUGUUUCUCCCUCCCUCCUCAUAUGAGGUUUUGACAUCUCGUGGUGUAGGCCUACUCCAGAGGUGGAGGAUUCUGGUUCUAUCUUGACGGUGCUUUUCGUGUUCAUUUCACAGUGUCAAGAAUCCACAUGAAACACGACAUAAAUCUAUUUAUUCCCUAAAAAUGCGGCCCCUUCUUAGGCGAAUAAUUUCCUCAUCUGUCAUUUCCUUUUUCCUGUUUCUUCAGAGUGCUACUUUUGCUUCUUUACUUGCCGUCCAUCAGAGCAUUGAUCUCCGAGAUGUGUUGGUUGUGGUGUUUGUUUGGUGCUGCUGUCUAUAUUUGAACUGAAAGCAAAAUUAAGUUCAAACACUCGACUUCGGCUUUGAUUAAAUCAAUCUUUUGAUAGAGCUUUGAUAUGUGCAAUUAAUGGUGCAGGGGAUCGUAAAUCCCACUUCAUUCACACAACACACCAGAAACGAGCCGUCAUCCAAAAAGGCCUCUCGGCUGCUCUGAAUGCAGAACAAUACUCGUCGGCUCUGCAUGCAGACGACUGCUCAGCCCGCCGGUUCACACGUCCACCAGCGGUGUCUAGCCGGGCGCGGAGCACGUUGAAAGGGCCCUCGACGGGGGGAUGAUUCACUGCGACAGCUUUUCAGUGGGUCAGAGCCGUAAUGAGAGGUGUUCAUCAUGAACAAAUAAGCAUCUAAUCCCUAACCCCCGCAGAGGCAAGCGAGUUCACCAGCGCAGGUCUGCGGCAUGCUACUCAUAUCACUGCCAUGUUACAACCCCCAUUAGCAUCGUGAGGGACAGGAGGGGUGCUAGAGUUUUUUGUUUUUUUUCUACUCUGUCAGCCCGCUCUAACAAGAUGUUUUCUCAUUAUGUUAAUUAAGGACAUCCGUUUGACACAACACAUUGUUUUCGGUUGAAUAAUUGAAAUGGAAAUAAAACUUGACUGCACUAAAGUGAUGCAUUGGGCAUUGUAAACGUAUACAUCUUUGUAUAGGUGUACUAUGUCUAAUAUGUCUUACUGCAUAUAAUACAUAUGCAUAUGAAUAUUAUAUAUAUCUGAAAUGUGUGGUUUUUAGUAGCAGGUACUUUUAUCCAAAGUGGAAUGGACUUAAUUCCACAGUCAGCAAUUGUCAGGCACCAACGCCACUUUAUAAAAAUGUCUACCUGCAUAACUGUCAUGGCAGACACACCAUAGGAAGAUUGAUUGAAAUAAAUGAUGUUUCCAUUUUUUAAUUCA